AUGCUUAAUAGAGACCACCCCUACACGAAUAUAAGGCAUCCGCAGCCGUACCAGCUAACAUUGCCUUCAUUCAAUGAGCUCUUAACAAGCAUUCCAUUACCCACGGAUUUCACACAAUAUUCUAAGGGUGCUUUACCGGCCCCUGCGAACAUUCAUGCCCAUCCACUUUCUGGUGCGAUGGGUAACGGCGUGGCCCUGACUAUUGGUGGUGCGAUCCAACACCCGACUAUAGGUAGUGUGCAUGGUGCGCAAUCGCCGCCCAAUAGCACUCUGACAGCGCACUUGGUCCACACCGGCCAAAUACCGCCUAUACCGCCUUCGCUACCCGGGCCUGCGCAGGAUCUCCCUAACACUCCCUACACGCAUUCCACGGUUAUCGACCAAUUUAAAAUCCCGACGCCUCCCCUGUCCGCGUACUCUUUCAAAGAAUCUCGUAUGAAAGACAAACGCAAACAUACAUGUAAGGUAUGCCAGAGGUCGUUUACCACAUCGGGACAUUUAGCAAGGCACAAUAGAAUUCAUACCGGGGAGAGAAAACAUUUUUGUCCAUGGCCGAGUUGCGAUGCAAGAUUCGCCCGGCAGGACAAUUGCAUGCAGCAUUACAAAACCCACAAGAAUGGCAAGAAACGAACAAAAAGGUUCUAG